AUGGCUAUGGAGGUUGCUUUCCUGGCUCCAAAUGUCGGUCAAUCUGCUAUUGCCAAGCAGCACAUCGGCACAGCUCCAGGAUCCCAGCCCAGCGGUUUUGGAAUGAAGGUUGCAGCUGGCGUUUGCAGUGCUGCAGCAGCUGUGGGUUUGGCCUCCAACCGCAAGCGUGCCAAGACCGCGGCACGAUACACCACUCAGACCAUCCUGCCAUCUUUGGCUUGGAUCAAGACCGGAGUGAAGGCCUCCGAGCUGCAGCCAACUGAGCUGCGAGCUUUGACCCUUGCAGGCAACGAUGUCCUGAUUGGCAAGACCGAGGCUGGUGCACUCUUCUGCGUAGGCAACUUGUGCCCUCACAUUGGCACACCCAUGAGUGAGGGUGCGGACGUGAUUGGUGACGUGAUUGUGUGCCCUCUGCACGGCUCUUCCUUCAAGGUGACCAACGGUGAACUUAUUGACUGGUGUGUCUCUCCACCUAUCAUUGGCCCUCUCACUGGUCUGAUUGUUGAGAAGAAGAACCUCUUGGUCUUCGAGGCCCGACAGGGUGGCUUCUUGGGUUCUGGAGAGGUUGAGGUGCUUGUGGACGUCAACGCCAAGAAGGCCUAUGAAGCAAACUACUGGAAGGGCUUGUUGGAUGCCCAGGGCAAGGUUGCCUUCCUUACUCCUGUUGCCACCAAUGUGGCUGGCCCCGUCUCGCAGAUCGUGCCUCUCCGCGCAGGCCCAAGCCCUGCUGACAUCGGUGCCACUGGAAGCUUCGGGUUGAAGGCAGCCUGCACUGCUGCUGGAGUGGCAGCCGUUGGUGCCCUCGCAGCAAGUCGCAAGCGCGUAGCACGAGCAGCACAGGAGAUGGCAAAGUUGCCAAAGCACAUGCAGCCCGUGGCAACCCGCGCGGACUAUCCAGUGUAUGCACCUGGGCCAUCUGGUGUCCCGAACUACCCGGAGUUUGUGGGCGACUGGGCCAUCCCUGUGCCAGGAAGUUAUAAGGCCUGCUUGACCAUGACCGGACCGGAUGUGGAGACAGGUAGCGAGAUGGGCAAGCCUUGGGAUCCCCUUGGCUUCAGCAAGCUCUACGAUCGCAACUUUGACUUCAACGGCAACAUGACUUGGCCACACGUGCAGUGGCUCCGAGAAGCCGAGCUGAAGCACGGCCGCUGUGCCAUGCUGGCAGUUGUCGGCAUCUUUGCCCAGGGUUCUUUCCACAUUGAUGGAUACCCAGAGGCACCUUGGACUGAGGCCCUGCAGAAGUGCUAUGACAAUCCUCAGGGCAUUGUAGGCUUCGGCAUUGCUCAGAUCUCUGCGUUUGCCAUGGUCAUUGAGGGCAAGUUCUUCCCCAACGAUGCCUGGAUUGGCCAGAUGGACCGUGAGCCCGGAGACCUUGGCUUCGAUCCUUUGAAGCUUGCCAAGGAUGGUGAGAGCAUGAAGAGUACUUCGGAGAAUUGGUUCAAGCGACUUUUUCUCAAGGAGUUGAAGAACGGCCGACUCGCAAUGAUGGCCUUCAUGUCUUGCGUGGUGGGCCACUACUUGCCUGGAAGCGUCCCGGGAGUCUCCGCUUUGCCGCGUGAGUCUGCCCCAGCCCAGGCCCCUGCUUUCUGCGGUGCCACUCCUGCCAGCUCUUCCGAGACUGGAGUUUCCAAGACCGCGGCACGAUACACCACUCAGACCAUCCUGCCCACUUUGGCUUGGAUCAAGACCGGAGGUGCGGACGUGAUUGGUGACGUGAUUGUGUGCCCUCUGCACGGCUCUUCCUUCAAGGUGACCAACGGUGAACUUAUUGACUGGUGUGUCUCUCCACCCAUCAUUGGCCCUCUCACUGGUCUGAUUGUUGAGAAGAAGAACCUCUUGGUCUUCGAGGCCCGACAAGGUGGCUUCUUGGGUUCUGGAGAGGUUGAGGUGCUUGUGGACGUCAACGCCAAGAAGGCCUAUGAGGCAAACUACUGGAAGGGCUUGUUGGAUGCCCAGGGCAAGGACGAUGGCACCUACUACUGA